AUGACCCUGGACAGGCCAGGGGAGGAGGCCACCAUGCUGCAGACAUUCACUCUCUUGCUCUUUUACAUUUGGAUGAGUCUGGGUAGGAUAUCAAUAGCGAUACAAACUCAACCAGAGCUGUGGAUAGAGACCAACUACCCCCAAGCCCCAUGGAAGUACAUCACACUUUGUUGCAAAAGCCCUUCUUGAAUUUCAAGCAAGUUCCUGCUGCUGAAAGAUAAGACACAGAUGACCAGGAUCCAUCCUUCCUACAAGACCUUCCAAGUUUCAUUCCCCAUAGGUGUCCUUACUAAGUCCAAUACAGGCCUUUACAGGUGCUCCUACUGGAAGGAGACAGGCUGGUCAGAGCCCAGUAAAGUUUUAGAGUUGGAGGCACCAGGCCAGCUGCCCAAGCCCAUCUUCUGGAUCCAGUCUGAGACCUCUCCUCUUCCUGGAUGUAAUGUUAAUACACUUUGUCAUGGCUGGCUUCAGGAUUUGAUAUUCAUGCUGUUCAAAGAGGGAUAUGCUGAGCCCGUGGAUUACCAAAUCCCAACCGGGAUAGUGGCCAUCUUCUCCAUUGCCAACAUGACACCUGAAAGCAAAAUGGUUUACAUCUGCCACACUCAUAUUCAGAUACUUCCCACCCUGUGGUCAGAGCCCAGCAACCCCCUGAAGCUGAUUGUGGCAGGACUUUAUCCCAAACCAACUCUGACAGCUUAUCCUGGGCCCAUCAUAGCACCUGGAGAUAGCCUGAAUCUCAGGUGUCAAGGGCCAAUCUAUGGAAUGACCUUUGCUCUAAUAAAGCUUGAAGACUUGGAGAAGUCCUUUUACCACAAAAGAGCAAUAAAAAAUGAGGCAUAUUUCUUCUUCCAGGCUUUGAAAAUCCAUGAUACUGGACAUUACCUCUGAUUUUACUAUGAUGGGUUAUACAGAGGUUCACUCCUCAGUGAUAUCCUAAAAAUCUGGGUGACUGAUACUUUCUCCAAGACCUGGCUACUUGCUCAGCCCAGUUCUGUGGUCCAAAUGAGUCAGAACAUGAGCCUAUGGUAUCAAGGACCAGUGGAUAGAGUGGGGCUUACACUCUAUAAAAAAGAAGAUGACAAACCACUUCAACUCUUGGAUACCAUCAACAUUGAUGAUGACAAGUUAUUCUUCCUCAACAAUGUGACCAACAGUGAUGCUGGCAUCUAUAGCUGCCACUGUCUCCUCUCCUGGAAGACCUCUAUCAGGAUGACAUCACAUAAUACCAGGGAGCUUGUGGUUGUAGAUAAGGCCCCCAAACUCUUUCUAUCAGCCUGGCCCAGCAUCAUGUUCAAGUUAGGAAGGGACCUUCAAUGUUGAGUACUUCAUCCAGUACUUGAAUAUACUUUGGAAUGGGAAGAAAGAGCAACAUUUCAAGCAUUCUCAGUGGAUGGAUACUUCAUCAUCAGUAAUGUUGAAGGAAAAGGCACAAGGACCUAUAGCUGCAUAUAUCACAUAGAAGCACACCCUGACAUCUGGUCACAUCGUAGUGAGCCUCCAAAGCUGAUAGGGCCAGCAGGCUUGCUCACCUGGAUUGUUCUGAAUGAAGCUAGAAGGUUGUCCCUAACCAUGCAAGUUGUCACCUUGCUGUUGGUAGUGCUGUGGAUAAGGUGGAAGUGUUGGAAACUCAGAAUCAGAGAAGUCUGGUUGCUGGGAACAGCUCAAGGGGUCACCAUGCUGUUCAUAAUCACGGCACUUCUCUGCUGUGGACUGUGCAAUGGGGUAUUGACAGAAGAGACUGAAAUAAUCAUGCCAACCCCUAAACCUGAGCUAUGGGCAGAGAGCAACUUCCCUCUGGCCCCGUGGAAGAACUUAACCUUGUGGUGCAGAAGCCCUUCUAGCUCAACAAAGGAGUUUGUGCUGCUGAAAGACGGAACCGGGUGGAUUGCAACUCGCCCAGCCUCAAAGCAGGUCCGGGCUGCUUUCCCCCUUGGCGCCCUGACCCAGAGUCACACCGGGAGUUACCACUGCCAUUCAUGGGAGGAGAUGGCUGUGUCGGAGCCCAGUGAGGCACUUGAGCUGGUAGGGACAGACAUGCUCCCCAAACCUGUCAUUUCUGCGCCCCCUCCAAUCCGAGGCCAGGAACUGCAAAUCCGGUGCAAAGGAUGGCUGGCAGGCAUGGGAUUUGCUCUGUAUAAAGAGGGAUUGCAGGAACCUGUCCAGCAACUCGGUGCAGUUGGGAGAGAAGCCUUCUUUACAAUCCCAAGAAUGGAGGAUAAAGACGAAGGCAAUUAUAGCUGCAGCACUCACACUGAAAUGCACCCCUUCAAGUGGUCUGAGCCCAGUGAGCCUCUGGAACUUAUUAUAAAAGAAAUGUACCCGAAGCCCUUCUUCAACACAUGGGACCGCCCAGUGGUCACUCCUGGUGCCCGAGUGACUUUCAAUUGCUCUACUCCACAGCAGCACAUGAGCUUUAUUCUUUACAAAGAUGGAAGUGAAAUAGCGUCCAGUGACAGGUCUUGGACAAGCUCAGGUGCCAGUGCAGCUCAGUUUGUAAUCAUUUCAGUGGGCGUCAGUGAUGGAGGAAAUUACAGCUGCCGAUAUUAUGAUUUUGCUACCUGGUCUGAACCCAGCAAAUCUGUGGAGCUCGUGGUGACAGAAUUCUACCCCAAACCCAUUCUCCUGGCAGAGCCAGGUCCUGUGGUGCUUCCUGGGAAGAAUGUGAUCCUGCACUGCCAAGGGGCACUCGAGGGCAUGAGGUUUGCCCUCUUGCAUGAGGGAACCCAGGUUCCUUUACAGUUCCAGAGUACCUCAGGAAACUCAGCUGACUUCUUCCUGCACACUAUUGGAGCAGAGGACUCUGGGAACUACAGCUGUGUCUACUAUGAGACGACCAUGUCAAACAGGGGAUCACAUCUCAGCAAGCCAAUUAUGAUCUGGGUGACUGACACAUUCCCCAAGCCAUGGUUGUUUGCUGAGCCCAGUUCUGUGGUUCCCAUGGGGCAGAAUGUUACUCUCUGGUGCCAAGGGCCAGUUCAUGGAGUAGGGUACAUUCUGCACAAAGAAAAAGAAGCCACUUCAAUGCAGCCCUGGGGAUCUACCAGUUAUGAUGGGGCAUUUCCCAUCACCAAUUUAUCUGGUGCUAACAUAGGACGUUAUACCUGCUGCUACCACCCUGACUGGGCCAGCCCUAUCAAGAUACAGCCUAGCAACACCCUGGAACUCAUAGUCACAGGUUUGCUCCCCAAACCCAGCCUAUUAGCCAAGCCUAGUCCCAUGGUGUCUCCUGGAAAAAAUAUAACUCUUCAAUGUCAAGGGGAACUUCCAGACUCAACAUUUGUCCUGUUGAAGGAGGGUUCUCCAGAACCCAUAGACAAACAGCAGCCAAGUGGCUACAGGGCUGACUUCUGGAUGCCAGCUGUGAGAGGUGAAGAUUCUGGGAUCUAUAGCUGUGUUUAUUAUUUAGACUCUGCUCCCCUUGCAGCUUCAAAUCACAGUGACUCCCUGCACAUCUGGGUGACUGAUAAGCCCCCUAAACCUUCCCUGUCAGCCUGGCCCAGCACUGUGUUCAAACUAGGGAAGGACAUCACUCUUCAGUGCCGAGGACCCAUGCCAGGUGUUGAAUUUGUUCUGAAACAUGAUGGAGACGAAGUGCCUCAGCAAUUCUCCGAGGAUGGAGACUUCGUCAUUAACAAUGUAGAAGGAAAAGGCAUUGGAAACUACAGCUGCAGUUACCACCUCCAGGCCCACCCUGGUAUCUGGUCAGAGUCGAGUGACUCCCUGGAGCUGGUGGGUGCAGCAGGGCUUGCUGCUCAGGAGUGCACUGUGGGGAACAUUGUCCGAAGUACCCUGAUUGUAGUGGUGAUUGUAGCUUUGGGGGUGGUGCUAGCCAUAGAGUGGAGGAAAUGGCCUCAACUCCAAACCAGAGACUCAGAGACAGAUAGAAGGGACCAGACUAUAGCCCUUGAAGAGUGUAACCAAGAAGAAGAACUGGGCACCAACUCCAACUCUUCAUCAUCAAUCUCUUAGGGAACCUCAGUGUACCUGCUAGUCCCAAUAUAAUAAUCUCCUCCUUUACAAGAGCUUUCCCCUCCUCUCUCCUUUCUCCUCAGAAACCUGCAAAUCUGCCUGAUUACCCUGAGAGUCAGCCCCAUCUUCUAUUCUUUGACCACUAAUCACCUGAGCUGUGUCACGGGGAUUCUGUGAGUUGUGAGCUCUACUCUCAACUGUAGAUAUAGGGUGAGAUGUUUCCUGAAUGCAGAUUCCCAAGCCCUGUAGUUCCUCCAGUACUG